AUGCUCCGUUUCCUUGCUCCAGCCUCAAGCAACGCCGACUUUCCCCAGCCCCAGCCCCCGGGGAGGGGUCGGCAGAGCCGGUCCCCGUCCCUUCUGCUCCGGAACCGGGCAGGAGCAGCGCAGGGCUCGAGCUGGGAAGCGCCGCGUGCCUCAGUUUCCCCCAGCGCAUCCCCCGGUCCCGGCGUGAAGAACGAAUCCGAUGGGUCACGGCUGGAGCGCUCGGUGCCCCCGUCCCCACCACCCGUGACCCCCCGGCCCCGUGGGUGCCGGGACCGCCGAUCUCCUGCUCCAUCCUGGUGUUCCCGGGUGGAUUCUCCUCCUCUCCCCUCACCCCGUUUCCCUCCCCGCAGGAAACACCGCCUGACCAGAACCCAAAGUGCCUUUUCCCCGGUCGUGUUCAGCCCCCUCUUCACAGGUGAGACCGUGUCUCUGGUGGACGUGGACAUUUCCCAGCGGGGGCUCAGCUCCCCUCACCCCCCGACGCCCCCGCCCCCGCCGCGCCGGAGCCUCAGCCUGCUGGACGCCUUGCCCCGGGCUGUGCCCUUGCGGCCACCGGAGGCCCCGGGCCAGCAGCCCCCAGGCCAGCAGUGUCCCCCAGGCCAGCAGUGUCCCCCGGCCCUGCAGUGUCCCCUGGCGCGCCCCGACCCCGGCAGCUUCGCCGCCAGCCUGAGGGAGCUGGAGAAGUGUGGCUGGUACUGGGGCCCCAUGACCUGGGAGGACGCGGAGAUGAAGCUGAAGGGCAAAUCCGACGGCUCCUUCCUGGUGCGGGACAGCUCCGACCCGCGCUACAUCCUGAGCCUGAGCUUCCGCUCGCAGGGCGUGACGCACCACACGCGCAUGGAGCACUACCGGGGGACCUUCAGCCUGUGGUGCCACCCCAAGUUCGAGGAUCGCUGCCAGUCCGUGGUGGAGUUCAUCAAGAGGGCGAUCAUGCACUCCAAGAACGGGAAAUUCCUUUAUUUCCUGCGCUCCCGGGUUCCAGGUCUGCCUCCCACGCCCGUGCAGCUCCUGUAUCCCGUCUCCAGGUUCAGCAACGUCAAAUCCCUGCAGCACCUUUGCCGCUUCCGCAUCCGGCAGCUGGUCCGGAUCGACCACAUCCCCGAACUCCCACUCCCCAAGCCCCUCAUCUCCUACAUCCGCAAGUUUUACUACUACGACCCGCAGGAGGAGCAGUACCUGUCUCUGAAGGAGGCUCAGCUCAUCUCCCGACACAGGCACGAGCCCCAGCCCUCCACGUAGCGGAGCCAGCGCGGCCUGACGGAAUUUGGUUGUUGCCCUCCUGCCGUGCUGGGACAGAGGCUGGGCUCCUGCUGCUGCUGCUCCUGGAGGAGAGGGCCCAGCAUUCCCAGGAAUCCCAG